AUGGUUGUCAUUAGUUCCUCAAACCUCUGGGUCCCCAGCAAGUCCUGCACGUCUAUUGCAUGCUUUUUCCAUGCCAAAUACGACUCGUCGGCUUCUAGCACCUACAAGGCGAAUGGAUCAACUUUCGACAUUGCGUAUGGCUCUGGUUCCCUCUCUGGUAUUGUUUCGCAUGAUGCAUUUAGCAUUGGGGACCUGAGUUUGGGAAGCGUCACCUUCGCUGAGGCGCUCAAAGAACCCGGUCUCACUUUUGCUUUCGGAAAGUUCGAUGGUAUCCUCGGACUUGCUUAUGACACCAUUGCUGUUAAUCACAUCACCCCUCCAUUCUACGAACUUGUCAAUCACGGAUUGCUGGCGGACCCUGUUUUCUCCUUCCGCGUCGGUGAUAGUGAGGAAGAUGGAGGUGAAGCUGUGUUUGGCGGUAUCGAUAAUAGUCACUAUACCGGAAAGAUCGAGUAUGUACCUGUUAGGAGGAAGGCCUACUGGGAAGUGGAGCUCGAGAAGAUCACCUUCGGUGAUGAGGAAUUAGAGCUUGAGAACACUGGCGCUGCUAUCGACACUGGAACUUCGCUGAUUGUGGCUCCUACUGACAUUGCCGAAAUGCUUAAUGCUGAGAUUGGCGCAACGAAGGGCUGGAAUGGCCAGUAUACCGUUCCCUGUGAUGAGGUCCCCACACUUCCGGAGCUCUCGUUCUACUUCAAUGGCAAGCCUGCGUUCCAAGGUAUGGACAUCAACGUUCCAGGCGGCUCCCUCUGGAUCCUUGGUGAUGCCUUCCUCCGCCGUUAUUUCACUGUGUACGAUCUCAAUCGUGAUGCCGUUGGUUUCGCGAAGUCGAAGUGA